AUCUUCUCGCAAAAUUGCACUCGAUGUUAGGUUACCUUUACGUUCCUGGAUCGUGUUUAUGUACGAGUAAUGCAUUUUGCAAUUUUGUAUUGAAAAAUUCACGUCGGGAAGUUUCGUCGAUCGAGACAUCUCGUACGAUCCGCGACUGACGUUGCGAAUGACAAGCCACCUCGCCGGAGCGCUGCUAUAAGGAAAUAUGGCGACGGCGAAGACCGUACUACCCGAGGAGAGCGAGCUAAAUGUUCAAGAGCUGAAUGUUAGCUGGCCGGUGCUGCAAACUGCAUCUGUUUAUAUUGGCAAGGCCUGCGAAUGGUAUAACAAUGAAUUUAUGUUAUGUAGAGAAGAAGAAGGCGAUCCACGUCGUUGCCUCAAUGAGGGGAAAAACGUGACUGCUUGUGCACUGGAUGUUCUUAAAAAAAUGAAGAAACACUGCCUGGAAGAUUUUAAUGCAUAUAUGUAUUGUCUUGAAAGAUCAACAGGAACACUGGAGUUUACUCCAUGCCGGAAAACGCAAGCUGCUUUGGACGAUUGUGUUUUAAAAAAUAUGAAUAUAGAACGCCCUCCUUUUGGAUAUUUUUGCGAGGCCAAAGUGCACGAUACAUCGAGACCACGACCACCGCCAAGGGAUGAGCCUAUAGCAUUUCCAGAUUCAACUCCUGGACUAUCCAAAGACAUACCACGUGAGAAGUCGAAAUACAGCAAUCGCUUUUGGUAUAAAUCUUAAAUCUCUCGAAAGAUAUCAUUAGUACUUUGGUCGCGCUGUAAAAGUUAUAUUCGCAAGAUUGAUCAAAUAAUUAGAUAAUUAUUAUUAAGAAAUCGAGCGUAUGCGAUUUGCAAUAUGCUUCCGAAUGCUGUAGAAACAUUUGUUUUAAAUGAAAUGAAUAGAAUUUGCCAUUGUAUAUUAUCUUGUGAAUAUAAAUUUGUGAACAACAAAAUGUAUAAGUGAUAAGUCGCUUGAUUAUUGUUGUUAUACCUUGUACAAAUAUAAAUAUAGAGCACUA